AUGGGAGAGUUCACGUUAUCGUUUUUAACCGAACUGGAUAAAACCAGGGCCACGAGAUAUGAGCACCCAGAUGCAUUCCUUGAACACGAAGGCAGUGAGUACUUUGGCCCACAAGAAUGUACGCCAAUGCUCACAUGUCCUCAAUUCCGACGAAAUUGCCAAACUCUUACUAAGGCGGGCUUCAACUCCAGCGGUGUCUAUACGAUCUACCCAGAUGGCCGGUGCGAUGGUUUACAGGUCUACUGCGACACGGAAACUGACGGCGGGGAUGGAUCGUCUUUCAGAGGCGACAAGAUGGCAGUGUGGACUUCUACCUUAACUGGGCCGAGUACCAGUCUGGCUUUGGCGAUCUGUCCGGGAAAGUGGGAGCUACGGGUUGAUCUGGAGGACUGGAAUGGAAGCACGGCUUGGGCUAAGUACGGAGACUUCAAAAUCUCCGGAGACAACUUCACCCUUCAUAUUGACCAAUAUGACGACAGCAGCACUGCAGGUAACGCAAUGAGAUACCACGACGGAUGGCCGUUUACGACAAAGGACAACGACAAUGAUGGGAGAUCGGGACGAAACUGUGCCAACGAUCGUGAUGGGGCGUGGUGGUUUGAUGACUGUGAUGUGGCUCACUUGAAUGGCGUGUAUGUCCCUGGUGGAAAUACUGGCACCAAGGUUGACGGUAUUUUGUGGGACAAGUGGAGAGGCGAGUCGCAUUCCCUUAAAGCAUGCAGCAUGAAAAUGCGUCUGGUGAUCAAACCGUAA